UGUUUCUUCAUUCUUCUGUGGGUGGUUUUGCUGUUUUUCCAAUCGAUAAGAAGAGGAGAGAAGACCAACCCAGUUGUCAGUUCGUGUUGAGGUUUGAAUCUUUCUUUGUCUGGUUAAAACGUUGGAGGAAGGACCCAACAACAAUGGCUUCCACCAACAUCUCUUGCCCUACAACAACUCUCUCACGUUCACAGGUGUUCAAAAACUUCAACUUAUUCAAUGGACUUCGCUGUAUGAAUCUAUCUUCUGCAAAUGGGAACACAUGUCAUUUAUCCAUGAUCCGUCUGGGUAGCAAAUCAUGCUUCGGUAUUAAGGAUCGCAGUGGAACUAGAGCUUCACUGUUAUUUGGAGAAGGUGAUCGCAUGUCUCAUCCCAAUGGCACCUUUGUCGCUGGAAAAAGUACUCUACUCGGUGACCUAUCAGCUGGGAUCGAGAUACAGCCUGAUGCAAUGGCAUUUGGAACACUUGCAGCUGAUACCACUCCAACAGCUCGUGGUUUUCCUAUUGACAAUGAUGAAUACGAUUUGGACCGUCCAACAGAAGGUUUCUCAUCAAUCCCCGAGGCAAUCGAAGAUAUUCGUCAAGGAAAGAUAGUAGUGGUUGUAGAUGAUGAAGACAGAGAGAAUGAAGGAGAUCUAAUAAUGGCAGCGUCGAAGGUUACACCCGAAGCCAUGGCUUUUAUUGUGAAGCAUGGUUCAGGAAUUGUUUGUGUCAGCAUGAAAGGGGAAGACCUGGAGAGGUUGGAACUUCCUUUGAUGGUAACCCACAAGGAUAACGAGGAGAAACUUUGCACUGCAUUCACAGUAACAGUGGAUGCGAAACAUGGUACAACUACGGGGGUGUCAGCUCAAGACAGGGCAACAACAAUAUUGGCUCUCGCAUCAAAGGAUUCAAAACCUGAGGAUCUUAACCGGCCAGGGCAUAUAUUUCCGUUGAAGUACCGGGAGGGUGGUGUUCUGAAAAGAGCUGGACAUACCGAAGCUUCUGUAGAUCUUGCUAUGCUAGCUGGGUUAGACCCUGUAGCAGUUCUAUGUGAGGUUGUAGAUGAUGAUGGUUCUAUGGCUAGAUUGCCAAAGCUUCGGAAAUUUGCACAGACGGAGAACAUGAAAAUUAUAUCCAUUGCUGAUCUAAUCAGAUAUAGGAGGAAGAGAGAUAAACUAGUGGAACGUGCUUCUGCUGCACGCAUGCCUACUAUGUGGGGACCAUUCAUAGCCUACUGUUAUAAGUCAAUCAUAGAUGGGAUCGAGCACAUUGCAAUGGUCAAGGGUGAUAUUGGGGACGGGCAAGAUAUUCUUGUGAGGGUACACUCAGAAUGCUUGACAGGAGACAUAUUUGGGUCAGCCAGAUGCGACUGUGGGAAACAGCUAGGACUUGCAAUGCAACAGAUUGAGGCUGCUGGCAGGGGUGUAUUGGUGUACCUUCGUGGGCAUGAAGGAAGGGGCAUUGGUUUGGGCCACAAGCUUCGUGCUUAUACCCUACAGGAUGAUGGGCGUGACACUGUGGAAGCCAACGAGGAGCUGGGUUUGCCUGUUGAUUCAAGAGAAUAUGGUAUUGGUGCACAGAUACUAAGAGAUCUUGGAGUUCGAACAAUGAAGCUGAUGACAAACAACCCUGCAAAGUACGUAGGACUCAAGGGUUAUGGCUUGGCAGUUGCAGGCAGGGUGCCCCUUCUGACUCCCAUUACUAAGGAGAACAAGAGAUACUUGGAAACAAAACGUGCCAAAAUGGGCCACAUCUAUGGCCUCGAAUUCAAUGGCCGUCCAAACGAUGUCAUCAAUGGAAAUGGUAAACCAAGCUCUGAGUGUCCCUCCGAUGGUAUAUCUGAUUCAUAAGCCUGCUUCAGAGAUGUCAUGCUAGCGAGAGAUCCUUGAUGGACUGGCCUACGUGACGGGAAGGUGACAUUAAUAAAUCACAUAGUUUCGAAGUUAGAUAUUGGAUUGAAAAUUUUUUCAUUCUCUGUCCCAGAAUCAAAAUUGUACUGCAACAUUAUUAGUGAAAUCUAUCUAUGGUGAAAAUUUAGGCAAAGAACAUCUAUAUCAUUCUUUUACCCACAAGUGGAAGUCUAUUAUUUUCGAUCCGAAUCAGUGGCUCACAGAAAGUGGUCAUAAAUGUAAUCUUUAUUUGAAGAACAUGUAUUCCUACACACGCAUAUAACUACUACAAAUUUUACAGUAUAAUUUUUAAUAUAAAUACAACAAAUAGGGUUAUUUUUUACUA